AUGGCCAACUUGGGUCCUAGGAGGCUGACAAAGGAGCUGGCUAAGAUCUCGAAUAGCUUGCCUCCCGGUAUUGCUUUAGUCUCUGCAGAUAAUCUCGAAGAGUGGUUUCUUGACAUCCAAGUUCUAGAUCAGAAUCCAAUCUAUGCAGGCCAGACAUACCGUCUAAAGUUCAAGUUCAGCACCUCGUACCCCAUUGAACCCCCCGAAGUAACUUUCGUGAAGCUAGAAAACCGCCCGAUACCUAUGCACCCUCACAUCUACUCAAAUGGAAUCAUAUGCCUCGACUUACUAGGGUCACAAGGAUGGAGCCCCGUCCAGAACGUGGAGAGCGUAUGCAUGAGCAUCCAGAGCAUGUUGACAGGAAACACUAAGAGCGAACGUCCACCCGGCGACGAAGAAUUCGUACGCGGAAACCGCUUGCGACCUAGAGACAUCGAUUUCUACUAUCACGAUAACACCGUAUAA